GUUUUUUUCCAUGUUGUGUAGCAUCAUCUGAAGGAACAUCUUGGGAAGAUGGGCCUGGAGGAACAGCUGCCAGACGAGAGCCCCAGUGUGUUCCAGAGACUGUCCUGAGUGAAGAUGGGUGUAAGGAAGCAAUCGCACUGAUGAGACAUUCAGCUGAUGAGGACACAAUCAAGAAGAAGAUGAAGCUGACGUUUGACUUCCGCCGCAACAUGGUUCUCGAGCCACAGCAGUCAAGCGAUGUACUGUCUGUCUUUCCACGUUUCAAAGACGUCAAAGGCUUGGUGGAACAAGAUUUUGUUAUGAUGUUUGGAGAGGAUGUCUCUGGCAAGUUUCUUGAGAAAUGGACGACCACGUUCAAGAAAAAGGUCAUCCAGCAAUGCAGAAAGCUUCCAUCCACCAGUGAGCUUGAAGAUCUUCUCCUGGCAGCUGAUACUUGUGAGGAUGGGUCUGAAGUGGAUUACGACAAUGGUUGGGACAGUGACCUCUCAUCGAUUUUGCUGCUGUUACACCUGAUUCCCCCCACUGCCCAGGGUCGUAAAAGACCUGGAAAGGUGUCUGCUUCCCAAGCAGAGAAGCAUCUUGUGGUCUUCAAGAAGACAGGAACCAACAUCCAGGAACAUCUCGAUUCCAUCACAACAAGCACACAACCAUACCUCCUGGCUGUAGGACGAAGGAAGAAACAAGUCCACCAGUUCUUCAUCAUACUUGACAAAACUGCCAUCAGUUGCAGGUCAGCCUCCUCACUUGGCGCUUUCGACGAAAUGUUUAAGGCGCAUUAUGUUUUUGCCACCACAUACAAUCCCAUGCUGUACAACAUGUUCACGUUCAUCCAGACCACUGUGUACAACAUAGAUGUUGGUAAAGUGAAGGAGAGUCCCCGCGUCGCAGAAGUUCGGGCUAGAAUGCUUCAUUAG